AUGGCAGAAGCUACACCUGAAAUCACGUUAUAGAUAUAUGCCUAAGCACUUGAAAAUUUGGAGAAAGCAUACGACAUCUUGCAUACUCCUUAUUCCAAUUUUAUGGUUGAGAGCACAAAAAUCUUGGUAUCUCCUGAUUAUCCAGUUGAAAUAAGAAUCAACAUUGGAGUGGUGCUUAGGAAUAUUUUGAUAGAAUAAUGGGAGUUGAUAUAGCCUUCUCGUAAAGUAAUACGUGAACUCCUUUUAAAUGGGUUAGUUAUGAAUGUGUCAAACAUGCCUAUCAUAGAAUUGAUUUCAUCAAUAAUCGUGUCCAUAAUUGUAUUGGAUCCAAGUCACAUAUGGCCAAGUCCAUUGAUGGAGCUUUUAAAUUGGAUGGACGAUAUAAACGCAGUUGAAUCUAGUUUAGAACUGUUCUUAUAAUUGUUUGGCAGAUUGAGUGAGACUAAUGGAGAGCAUCAGAAUUUGUUGAAGGAAAUAGUGCCUUCAGUGCUUGAGAAGGGAUUUGGAAUAUUUGCAUAGCCAGAAUUGAAUGAGAUGCUGAGAGAGAAAAUAUUAUUGAUGGUGUAUCUGGUAUUGAGAUCGAUUUCAUUUGCUGAUGGGACUGACAAUUCCUUGGUUAAUAAAUGUAUGGACAAUACCUUCUAAAUAUGGAUGUCAUUAUUUUUGUCAGCCUUGCAAACAUCACCAAAAUCACACAUCUUUAUAAAGAAGUUGGUUUUGAAGAUUCUGAUAGUCAUAUUCAGAGAUUUCGGAGUUUAUAGCAGGAAAUCCCUGGCUAUCUCUUUAAUUCCAAUUUGGAAAUUCUUCAACUCCAUAACUUAAUUGUAUAUUGGACACAUUGUGUAUUAGAUAGAUGUGGAUCAUAUCGACGCAUUAUUUGUGGAGGAGGCAAAAGAAUUGCCAAUUAGUAAUUAAAGAAUAAUAAAUUUGAGAAAUGACAUUGAGUACAAAUAUCUUAAUGAGGAUGAUGAUUACGAGAAUCAUAUUGAAGGAUUGUGUGCAUAUUCUAUAGAGUUGAUUACCAUCUUAGUUACAAAACCAGCUCUUUACAAUUUAAUCAAAUUUGGAACCUUCCCAUUGUUGAAUACUCUAUCGACAUUUUUGACUGCCACCAAAGAAUAAGAGAAACAAUGGGUUAAGGAUCCUAGUUACUUCAUAUUGAAUGACGAAGAAGAAUUGCUUUAGAAGAGCGUAAGAACCUUGGCCUUGAAAUUGAUUAAUGAUAUGAUUGAGAAAUAUGGUGAUCAAUUCAUUCAAUAAAUACUUAUUGUCGGAGAGAAGUUAAUACUUAAUAGGGAUGAGAAGGAGUUCAUCGAUUUGGCUCAGUCCAUUAUAUCUAAAUUGAAUUUCCAGGAAUUGAAGGGACAAUAGUCUAAGGAUUUUGAUUAAGAUAGUGUUAUGCAAUUUAUGAAAGGUUCAAUCAUUACUAUCAACAAUAAUCAUUAUCUCAAAUCAUUUAUACAAAAGAGAAAGGAAACUGGUUACUUAUUAUUGGGUAGUUUCUCAGAAGACAUAAUUGUGUUUUAGCAAAAACAUCAGAGCACUUUCGAUAUUAAAAAGUGCAUGUAGAACAUUCUGUAUGAAUUGGAGAAACAGAAUUCACAUAGUUUAUAAGCUAGAGCCAUAUGGAGUACUACCAGAUAUUCAGAUUUGAUUAGUCACUAAUUCAAAGAGCUAUUUGUGCCUCUUUUUGAAUCGGUUAUAGUGUAUUUGGAUUCCAAAUUCCCAAUUACUCUUAGAAUCAUCUCAGUCAAAGCAUUAGGAAAUUAUGCUUCCAAGAUUCAUAAAUAUAGCAUACCUUUUGAAUAUAAACAAGAAUUUAUGGAAUCAGUGCUGACUGUGUUACAAGAGGCAACUCAAGACUAAAUGAUUUCUAUUUUAGAAUCUACAAUUCAUCUAGUUAAAUUCUCACCUAAUUUGGCUACAACUUUAGCAAAGAGCGGAUCUAAGGUUUUACUAUAGUUUUUCAGUGUUUUCCAUUCAGAAUAAUCUGUUAUUAAACCGUUUAAUGAAUUGAUAGUGAGAAUAUGUUAAUGCAAGGAGGCAUACCCUUAUAUUUUUGAAGUAAUACCAAUUCAGUUAUUCAAGGUGUUUUGUCCAUUCAUUUUGGAUUGCUUUUAGGUUUUCUAUGAGGAUGUCCACAAAAUAUAAGACAAGAGCAAGAUCAAAUAAAGUGAUAUUACGUUGAUGAGUGCUAUCAUGAACAUUACGUCAACCUUUAUCAAAUUCUGUUCGGAUAGUAAGGCACAGGAUGCUUUUAUUAAUUUGUUACCUUCUAUGGUUAAUCUGAUUCUGAUUAAUGAAGACCCAUAAUUAUAAGUUCACACUAGUUAAUGUCUCAAGAACUUUAUUAUCAUAGAAACGGGAUAAAUUCUGAAGAUGAAUCUGGUUCAAGAUGUUAUGAAAGUCAACUUAAAAUUAUUGGAAGUCUCUUAGAAUUCAGCAAAUGAAUCAGCCUCCUUAUUUGCAGGCAAUUUAGUUAUGAUUACAAUCAAUAAUCUUUUGGAUGGGAAUCCAGAUCUGAAUCUAUUAAAGGCAGUUGUGUUUAAGAUUUACAGAUCUAGAAUGCCAUCAACAGUCCAGUCUUUAGUUUUAGUCUAUGCUAGAAUGAUAAUUGAGAAACCCAAAGAAUCAAUAGCAUUUUUAACCUCUUGGAGCAUUGACAAUAGAAUGGCUCUUAAAGUGCUGAUUGAUAAGUGGUUAUUGUAAUAGCCCUUGUUUAGAGGAAAGGGAACUAAGAAUGCCACUUUCUCAGCCUUAAUGAAGUUGUUUUUAGUUAAAGAUAAAACUCUAGAGAAUCUGUUAGUUAUUGGGUAUAAUCCAAGUCAUCAGAAUAUCAACAGUGAUGUCUAUGCACCAUUUAAAAUCUUGUCCUUGCUUAUAAGAUGUCUGGAUAAUGAAAUUGUACCUUGCAAACAGGAAAAUGUCGAUUAAUAAUAAGAAGAUGAUCGUUUGGAGGUGGACAAUGACGAUGAUGAUUUUAAUGAUAAGAGAUAUCAAGAUCAAGUGGAUGUGGAUUUAGAAAAAAUUAAAGAUGAUGAAGAUUAAGACAUUGCAGACAGAUUUGCUGUAUUUUUUAGACAUUUAUCAAUUUAGUUGUUGGAUCCAAAAGAAAAGAAAGACAAAGGAUUGGCAGAUUUGGAGACAGGAUCAACGUUGUAUAUGAGUGAAUUCUUAGAUUUUAAUCAAGAAGUUGGAGAAGAAUGUGAUGAAACAACUGAAGAAGAUUUAACUUAUUUGAAAGAUCCAUGUUUGAAUAUCAAUCUUGUGGAUACUCUUAAAGAGUUUUUCACAAAUUUAUAAAAAAAUGACCAAGAAUAUUUCAAGUUUUGUUUACGCCAUUUACUUAAAGAGGACAUUCUCUUAUUAUAGAAGCAUAUUAAACUAAACUCCUGA